AUUUAUUUAUUUUAAAUUUUAAUUCAAAAUGGAUGUUCAAUUCUACGAUCUAUCAUAUAUUGUACGUCAGCAUGGCAGAAACUCCGGGACACAAACAAUCUUAAAAUCAGUAAAUGGACGAUUCCAAUCUGGUCAUCUAUCAGCAAUUAUGGGUCCAUCUGGUGCUGGAAAAAGUAGUCUUUUAAAUGCUGUUUCCGGAUAUAGAUCUGUGGGAGUAAAAGGGAUAUUUAAAAUAAACGAUCAAUUACGUGACGAAAAUACAUUCCAUAAAUCAUCAUGUUACAUAACACAAGAAGAUUUGCUACAACCGUUCUUAUCCGUUGACGAAGUCAUGACAUUUGCAUCAAAUUUAAAACUAUCAACGGACAUUAGUGCAGAGAAAAAACAAACAAUUGUUGAUACAAUAUUAACGGAUUUAGGUUUAUAUGAUCAUAAAUUAACGUCAACCGAAUGUUUAUCGGGUGGACAAAAGAAACGUUUAUCAAUUGCAUUAGAAUUAGUCAAUAAUCCACCGAUAUUCUUUUUGGAUGAGCCGACAUCCGGUUUGGAUGAUGUCUCCACAAAAUAUUGUAUUAAAUUAUUACAUAAGUUAUCUAGACAAGGACGGACAAUUGUUUGUACAAUUCAUCAGCCGUCGGCAACAUUAUUUGAAAUGUUUGAUCAUGUGUAUGUGUUGUCACGUGGUCAGUGUGUGUACCAGGGGGCUACAAAUGCAUUGGUGUCGUUCUUAUCAUCGUCUGGAUUAGAAUGUCCCAAACAUUAUAAUCCAGCUGAUUUUAUAAUCGAAGUAACUGAUGGUGAUAAUUUAGACAACAUAAAAAUGUUAAGUGAUAAAAUCGGUAACGGCAAACUGUGUAAAUAUGCAGCAAUUGAAAUUGAUAAAAUGACAAAUCGUAUACAAAACUAUCAACAGAACGAUGCAACACAAAACGAAAAUGACAAUAAUAUGCGUACAAUAACCAAAUAUACCAAAACAAAAAGUAUCAGUAAAGUGUAUGAGAGUACAACGUUACCGUUAACGCAUGCAUGCGAUUUUGAACGAUUAUCAACGUACAUGGAAUACGAAUUUAAUUAUUCAACGAAUAAAUUCCAUCAAUUUAUUGUGAUUUUACAACGAAUGUUAAAACAAAUAUUUAGGAAUACAACUGGAUUAAAAGUACAAUUUACACAUUAUUUGAUGUGUGGUUUAAUGAUUGGAACCAUGUUCUACAAUAAUGCAAACGAUGGUGCGCAAAUGUUUAACCACUUGAAGUUUUGUGUUGGAGUUAUUUUAUUCUUUGCAUAUACACAAUUAAUGAUACCGGUUCUAGUGUUUCCAACUGAAGUGAAAUUAGUGAAAAAAGAAAUAUUCAAUCGUUGGUACAGUUUAACGCCAUAUUAUGCGGCUUUAACCGUAUCCAAAAUUCCUGUGCAAUUAACAUUAAACAUGAUGUUCCUAGCAAUGGUUUAUUUUAUGUCUGGAUUACCAAACGAAUGGUUCCGGUUCACAUUGUUUGCAUUAAUUGGCAAUUUAACAUCAUUCAUUGCGGAAGGUAUUGGUUUGGCAAUUGGUUCCAUUUUUAAUAUAACGAAUGGAUGUGCGGUUGGACCAGGUGUUGUAGCGCCAUUUUUAGGUUUGGCCGUAUACGGUUUUGAUUUUGCAAAAGAAAUACCAUGGUUUUUAUACGCUGUCAUGAAAGUAUCAUUCAUGCGUUGUGGUGUCGUUGCCUUAGUAUUAACCGUGUUCGGUUACGAUCGUCCAGUUUUGGAUUGUAACGAUGUAUAUUGUUUAUUUGAUCAUCCAGAAAAAUUAUUAAAUUUCUUGGAUAUAUCAAAUUCAUCCGUUUGGUCGGAGUUAGCCGCUAUGGUUGGCAUUUUAUUAUUCUUUAGAACUAUUUGUUAUGUUAGUUUAAGAUGGCGGUUUGUACGAUAAAUAAUUUUAAGACAUUUUGUACAUUUACUGAAAUGUUUUUUUUUUUUAAUCAUAAACGAGAUGAAGGUCUGGGAUCAGACGAAGUAUUUGACAGUUAUUUCAAAUUGGUUGAGAAUUCGAGAAACUAUUUUCGAGUCGAGUCUAACAAAUUUCUGUUUUGAAAUAACUGAUAAAUACUAUGCCUGGUCCAAAGUCUUAAAUAAGGCGAGUUGAGGAUAGUGCGUAAAUCUAUGAUUGAUU